AUGUCAAAGAUAAAUCAAUCUCCAGGCUCAUCAACAGCGAUUCUUGACAAUUUACCUAUUCGUUCAUUGACUAUUUCACAACCAAAAACUAAAGACGAAGUGUCAACUGACUUGAAAUGUAAUGUAAUAUUGGUCACUAAAUAUCCCUUCACGGCAGAAAGCGAAAAUGAAUUAUCUGUUAAAAAAGGCGAUAUUUUGAAAUUAUUAGAUCGAUUAAAUAAUGGGUGGCUUUUAGUAAAGUUUAUUGACAGAGUCCAAUCACCAGGAUUGAUCCCAGCUACAUACGUGGAUAUUGCUGUUAAUGAUCCUCUUAAUCCAAUCACAUUAAAUUGGUUACAAUGCAUCCAAAGUAAUGAUAAAAAUAUUGUGGAUGAAUUGAGUUAUUUGGACUUGCAAUUUAACAAAGUUGAAGCCAAGUUUAUGACUAUAAAUAACAAACCUUAUCCUAUACAAGCUUCCAUUUCGAAUUUCUUAUUAUAUAAUGAAAGAUACUGGUAUCGAUUAGAUAUUGAAUAUUCAGACAAAUCCAAAUCAUACAUCUGUCGAUAUUAUCAAGAUUUUUACAAUUUACAUAUUCUGUUGUUGGAUUUGAUGGAUAGAAUUGCAAGUAAAUCCGAUAUCGAUAUCAAAAACUUGAAGUUGCCUAAAUUACCUGAACCAAUACCUACCACAAAGAGUAAAGAGGAAGGAGAGUUGAUUGCUAUGUUAUUGAAAAGAUGUAAUGAUUUGAAUGUUUAUAUCAACAAAUUAAUGUUGAAUAAAUACUACCAAACUUCACUGGAAUUGAUUGAUUGGUUGGAAUUGAAAGAUCUUCCCGGUUUCACAGUGCAAGAUAUUUCUGAAAUUGAGGAUUUAAGCAAUAGUGAGAUAAAUGAAAAGAUUUUGCCUGGAUCUAUUAAUGUGAUUAAAAAUUAUCGAGAAAAGCUAGAAGAACAAGAGCAAUUGGAAAAACAAAAGGAAUUUGAUGAAUUCAAACAGGAGAAAUUGCCAGAGAGAACUAAAUCAAAAAACAUCUACAACCACUAUCAGCAGGCUGCUCAUGCGUUGUCACAUUCUACUUCGAUCCGAAAAGGGUCUGUUUCUUCUGCUAGAUCAUCAAGUAAUCCUACAACUGCUCAUAACAGUUUAAUUGGUAGUAAUAACAAUACAGGCAACGGAAACACCACCAAUGAAUCUUCUCCUACCUCAUCGUCAUCAUCACCAAUACUUGAUGUUCAAAACAGAACAUCUUCUUCUGAUCCAAACUAUAUUUUAGGAUCUCCACCUUUAUCAAAACAAAGGAUAACUAUUCCUAAUUAUCCAAUUAUUCAAUCAACUCCAACUCCACCAUUGCCACAAUUGAAUUCCCCUAAAUUGAUCAAUACAACAAUGUCCUCUCCAAAACUCAAUUAUAGUCCUAAACCAGGUUUUUCUCCUAGAAUUAAACCAGUAUCUAAAUUUAGUUCUCCUAAUAUCAGCUCGAAUUCUCCGAAACUGUCUCCUUUAUCACAAUAUCAACCAUCUUUUCCAAGCAUUCCUUGUCAACCUGGCAGCAACACCACUAACCAAAACAAACAUCAGUUUAUUAAAUGUAAGAUUGUUGAAACUAAUGGAGAUAUUGUGGCUCUUAAAUUAGAUAAAUCACAAAUUAAGUGUGUCCAGGAUUUAAAGAAUUUGAUCAGAUUAAAGAUUAAUUACAAGAGUUUAUUUAUUAAAUUACCCAAUCUUAACAAUUUUGAAAAUAUUGACAUUGUAAAUUUCAACAUUAUUGAAUUUUUGAGAUUUAAUGAUAAAGUCUAUUUGAAAAUAACAUGA